GGGGAGCUGAUCACCUUCUAUUACUACUGGAAGAAAACCCCCGAAGCAGCCAGCUCCCGGGCCCAUCGGAGGCACCGCAGGCAGGCCGUGUUCAGGAGGAUCAAGACCCGCACCGCAUCCACACCCGUCAGCACACCCUCCAGACCCCCCUCCAGCGAAUUCCUGGACUUGAGUUCAGCCAGCGAGGAUGACUUUGACAGUGAAGACAGCGAGCAGGAAUUAAAGGGGUACGCCUGCCGCCACUGCUUUACCACCACCUCCAAAGACUGGCACCACGGGGGCCGGGAGAACAUCCUGCUCUGCACAGACUGCCGCAUCCACUUCAAGAAAUACGGCGAGCUCCCCCCCAUUGAGAAGCCCGUGGACCCUCCCCCAUUCAUGUUCAAACCUGUCAAAGAGGAAGAUGAUGGGCUCAGUGGGAAGCAUAGCAUGAGGACUCGGCGCAGUCGUGGCUCGAUGUCUACACUGCGCAGUGGUCGAAAGAAGCAGCCAGCCAGCCCUGAUGGUCGCGCCUCGCCCAUCAAUGAAGAUAUCCGCUCCAGUGGCCGGAACUCGCCCAGCGCUGCCAGCACCUCUAGCAAUGACAGUAAAGCAGAGACAGUGAAGAAGUCAGCCAAGAAGGUGAAGGAGGAAGCCUCAUCCCCCCUUAAGAGCACCAAGCGCCAGCGGGAGAAGGUGGCCUCUGAUACAGAGGAGGCCGACAGGACCAGCUCCAAGAAGACGAAAACCCAGGAGAUCAGCCGGCCCAACUCGCCAUCGGAAGGCGAAGGAGAGAGUUCGGACAGCCGCAGCGUCAACGAUGAGGGCAGCAGUGACCCCAAAGACAUCGACCAGGACAAUCGCAGCACGUCCCCCAGCAUCCCCAGCCCCCAGGACAACGAGAGCGACUCGGACUCUUCGGCCCAGCAGCAGAUGCUGCAGGCCCAGCCCCCAGCUUUGCAGGGGGCACCCGGUGCGGCCCCUCCAGCGCCCUCCACCGCCCCUCCAGGAACCUCCCAGCUCCCCACACCAGGGCCCGCGCCCUCUGCCACUGCAGGCCCUCCACAGGGCUCCCCCUCGGCCUCCCAGCCCCCCGGCCAGCCGCAGGCCCCGGCGGUUCCUGCUCCCCAUGCUCAUAUCCAGCAGGCGCCCGCCCUGCACCCACAGCGGCUGCCCUCACCACAUCCCCCGCUCCAGCCUCUGACCGUGCCAGCUGGCCAGACCGCCGCCCCACCUCACAACCAGCCCCCACUGCAUAGUCAGGGCCCAGGUGGCCCUCACAGCCUCCAGGCCGGGCCCCUGCUGCAGCACCCAGGCCCCCCUCAGCCCUUCGGCCUCCCUCCCCAGGCCUCCCAGGCGUCAGCUCUCCCUCACGCCUCCUUGCAGCCUGCAGCCUCGCAGUCAGCGCUGCAGCCCCAGCAGCCCCCACGGGAGCAGCCCCUGCCACCGGCCCCCUUGGCCAUGCCCCACAUCAAGCCCCCACCCACCACACCCAUCCCCCAGCUGCCGGCCCCCCAAGCCCACAAGCACCCGCCUCACCUCUCCGGGCCCUCGCCCUUCUCCAUGAAUGCCAACCUCCCACCCCCUCCAGCACUGAAGCCCCUGAGCUCCCUGUCCACACACCAUCCCCCUUCAGCCCAUCCCCCUCCCCUGCAGCUCAUGCCGCAGAGCCAGCCCCUGCCCUCCUCCCCUGCACAGCCCCCAGUGCUGACCCAGAGCCAGAGCCUGCCUCCUGCUGCUGCCGCUCACCCCCCAGCGGGCCUCCACCAGGUGCCCCCCCAGCCCCCAUUUGCUCAGCACCCCUUUGUCCCUGGGGGACCUCCUCCCAUCACCCCUCCAACCUGCUCCUCCACCUCCACCCCUCCUGCGGGACCUGGCCCCUCGGCCCAGGCACCCUGCUCUGCUGCUGUUCCCUCGGGAGGCAGUGUACCCGGGGGGACAGCGUGCCCGCUCCCCACGGUCCAGAUCAAGGAAGAGGCUCUGGAUGAUGCUGAGGAGCCUGAGAGCCCACCUCCCCCACCUAGGAGCCCGUCCCCCGAGCCCACUGUGGUGGACACCCCCAGCCAUGCCAGCCAGUCAGCCAGGUUCUACAAACAUCUGGACCGUGGUUACAACUCGUGUGCGCGGACAGACCUGUAUUUCAUGCCUCUGGCGGGAUCCAAACUGGCCAAGAAGAGGGAGGAGGCCAUCGAGAAGGCCAAACGGGAGGCUGAGCAGAAAGCACGAGAGGAGCGGGAGCGCGAGAAGGAGAAGGAGAAAGAGCGCGAGCGGGAACGAGAGCGGGAGCGGGAGGCAGAGAGAGCAGCCAAGGCGUCCAGCUCAGCCCACGAGGGCCGCCUCAGCGACCCCCAGCUCAGUGGUCCCGGCCACAUGCGGCCAUCCUUCGAGCCGCCACCAACCACCAUUGCCGCGGUGCCUCCGUACAUCGGGCCCGACACGCCUGCUCUUCGGACUCUGAGCGAGUACGCUCGGCCCCACGUCAUGUCACCCACCAACCGCAACCACCCCUUCUACAUGCCCCUCAACCCCACUGACCCCCUGCUGGCCUACCACAUGCCCGGCCUCUACAACGUGGACCCCACCAUCCGGGAGCGGGAGCUCCGGGAGCGGGAGAUCCGGGAGCGGGAGAUCCGGGAGCGGGAGCUACGGGAGAGGAUGAAGCCAGGCUUUGAGGUGAAGCCCCCGGAGCUGGACCCCCUGCACCCAGCCACCAACCCCAUGGAGCACUUCGCCCGGCACAGCGCCCUCACCAUCCCCCCCACUGCGGGCCCCCACCCUUUUGCUUCUUUCCACCCGGGCCUGAACCCCCUGGAGAGGGAGAGACUGGCCCUGGCGGGCCCCCAGCUGCGGCCCGAGAUGAGCUACCCUGAUAGACUGGCGGCCGAGCGGAUCCACGCCGAGCGCAUGGCAUCGCUGACCAGCGACCCUCUGGCCCGCCUGCAGAUGUUCAACGUGACUCCACACCAUCACCAGCACUCACACAUCCACUCGCACCUCCACCUCCACCAGCAGGACCCCCUCCACCAAGGUUCAGCAGGCCCAGUGCACCCACUGGUUGACCCCCUGACCGCUGGCCCUCACCUGGCUCGCUUUCCCUAUCCCCCUGGCACCCUCCCCAAUCCUCUGCUUGGACAGCCCCCCCAUGAGCACGAGAUGCUUCGUCAUCCAGUGUUUGGCACCCCCUACCCCCGAGACCUGCCUGGGGCCAUCCCACCCCCCAUGUCUGCAGCCCACCAGCUGCAGGCCAUGCAUGCCCAGUCAGCAGAGCUGCAGAGACUGGCCAUGGAACAGCAGUGGCUGCAUGGACACCCCCACAUGCAUGGUGGCCACCUACCAAGUCAGGAAGAUUAUUACAGUCGACUGAAGAAAGAAGGUGACAAGCAGUUAUAAGUUAUUUAUUUGUUAGCGCUGGCUGUGGAAACCCCAAUUCUUGGGGGGAGAAACAGGACUUUUUACAUACAAUAUGAGCUACAAAAGCAAAAAGAAUAUCUUCUAAAGAUUUCUUUAUAUAUUUAAAAACCCCACCACUAAAAAUGUUAUCAGCAUAAUAGUGUUUGUUUGUAGAGAGGAUUCCUUGAGACUGGUUUGGGUCUCCCUGCAUGACAGUCCCCCAGAAACUUAGUGAGUCCUGGACUGGACUGAACAUUCAGAAAACUUUCCCUGCAAUCUUGGGGUUUGGCUUUAGUUUUCUUUUCCUUCCUUGAUUUCUUGGUAGGUGCUAGAAUCCAGUUCACACCCUUCACUGUGCGUGCAGACACACUCAGUUACGUGUGUUCCAGAACCCACAAGGUUUGCAGAUAGGUGGCAUAUGAGUUUGGAAUCCAAGAGCUAUAAUUUUUAAAAAAACUUUUAUUUUAAUACAUUGUAGGAGAUCUUCAUAAUUUGAGAAAGUUCUGCAGCAUGGCUUUUUACGUCUGUAAAUAAAUAAUUUUAGAAUGGCAUUUUUUUUUUCUUCCACAAACUAUUCUGAUCUAUUUUUUCCAGCCAUGUCACUAAUUGUGAAUUCCUACCAGCUAUUGACAGAAUACAGAGUUGAUUUUUUAAUAAAAAGUUAUAUAUAAUUAUCCCUUUAAUUAAAGGGAGCAGAUGGGCGUUACUAAUUGCAAACGGGCAGAGGCUUGGGACGCGGUGCGGUCACAGCAGUGAGCAUCCAGGGGUCUGCAGGGAUGAUGUUACGGACCGUUUCUUUGUUUUGCUGCCUUGAUUUUCACUUCUGUCUGUUCCUAGCUUGUGCUUUGCCAGAGGUGCGGAUAUCUGUCAGAUGAAACUAUUUUUAUUUUGUCCCAGGAGUGCAAGAGUUAAAUUUCCACCUUGUUCUGUCUCUGCAGGAUAGAAAGCACAUGUUUCUGUGUGUCUGGUUGUAGAUUUCCUUCUAGAUUUCUAUGCACACACAUUUGGUUGUUUUGGAUGAACUGCCUUUUUAAAUACUCUGACAAUUUCAUAAACAUUCUAGAAAUCUCAAGAAAACACCAUUCCUUACAAAGAACUCAGCACACACACUUGCCAGAGGAAUUUGUUUUUUUAAAAAAAAAAACAAAACUCUUUUGUGUGUGCCAUCAUUAGGAUCUUCCUGUGGGGAGGCCAGGUCCUCCUGGCCACGCAGCUGGAGGCCCCGGAGUUGGCAUGGUUGUGGGUGGCGGCCUGUGCAUCUCCCCCAGGAGCAGGUCCGUGCGUGGUGACCCGCGUCGGCUGGGGACACCAUUUGAAUCCCACUGUUUCUCCUGGGAGUAGGAACGAGAGUCGCAGCCGCUGACGUGGAAUGAGAAGGCAGGCUUUCUUGCACCUGGGAGCUGCCAGUCUGAGGGCUCCGGCUGUUACGCGGAGCGUCCACCUCUCCUUUCUGAGUUGCAGGCAUGGUGUGCUUUCUCCAGGGCGGAGGGCGGGGAACCUGGGGAUGUCUGCACCUGGGGAUCCGGCCUUCUGUCAGGGUGUGAUCUUUCCUGUUCCAUCCCCCCACCAGACUCGAGAGCCGCUUCUGCCAUUGUGUAUGGUAGUCCCAUCGGAGAGCUGCCAGAUGACGUGGCAGAGCGCACGAGAGUCGGUGGGUGUGGGGUGUGGCCAGGACUGGGGCUCAGUUGGGGACAGGACCAGAAGGCUGGCGCGCUGACCCAGAAGCUAGCAGGCAUUAGCUGAGAUUCAGGUUCCGGUCUCAAACCUGCAUCAGGGGCAUUUCCAGUUUCUAUUAAAACUGUUUGGUUUCAGUUGGGACAGACAGGAUUGUUUUGUCUGCUGGGAAUGUUCUGGAAAUGUUUGUCGCUUUUCUCUUUCAUUUUCUCCUGUUCCAUUUCUGCCUUAACUUAGCUCCUUAGAGGGAGGCGAGCUCAAAGGAGCCCUGUGUCCCCAAACUCAGGCCACAUGGGCAGGAGGCACUUGUUUCCUCUGGGGGCAGGGCUGGCCCUCCUGCAGCUCCUGCCUGAGGCCCCCACCUCCUCUGCAUCUCUGUUUUCCUUUUGGUGGAACACAGUGCCUGCCAUUCAGUUAGACCUUCUUGACCGCCUCUCUGUGUCAUCCGUUUUUCCAAAGAAGAGACAGAGUGAAGUACUUAGAAGUCUUUACUUGAAGACUGUCUGAAGGUGUUUUCUCGUUAGGUUUUGGUUUUCCCCCAUAUCCCAAGGUGAAGCACUGAGAUUCUUCCAUUUAAGAACCUACGACCUGAAACCCUCACCUGGUCAGCCACAGUUUGUUUAGGAGGCCCCAGACCUUCACAGUGUCUUUGAAGCCCGACCCCUUGGUUUCCUUUUGGAUUUUCCUUCCUUUUGUUUGAAGUUUGGUUUUGCUUUUCUGUGUUCUGUACGUAUCUUGUUGAAUGUUGUCCAGAUUGAGCUUCAUGUUCCACUGCGGCAGCAGAGUGUACAUCCUGAUUUGCUACGUUUAUAUAUAUCUUGAAGCUAAGUGUAUAUAUGAGUAGUUUGCCAUGAGAUAACACAGUGUAAACAGAGUAGACACCCAGAAAUCGUGACUUCUGUGUUCUCUCCAUUUGAGUAUUUUGUAAUUUUUUUGAAAUAUUUGUGGACAUAAAUAAAACCAAGCUACACUACAGCAGCUGGGUGUUCA